UGCCUGCCGUGUUCCGUCUGUCGCAAAGUGUCGCGGCUGCGCCGCCGGAGCUUGGGCUGCCGGCCGUGGGCCGCUGCCUGGAGCCGAGCCGCGGCCAGCCCCGCCGGGCGGCGAGCGGCCUUCAUGGGCGCCGGGCGGUGAUCCCCCAGCCCUGCCCUGCCUCGUCCCGUCCCUCCCGCCGCGCCGACAGCCGUCAUGGAGGAGGAGAGCAUGGAGGAAGAGGGCGGCGGUGGCUGCGAGGCCAUGAUGGACGACCAGAACCACAACAACUGGGGUGCCGGCGGUUACGGGCGGCACCUGCUGGGCCCUGUCGCGGCUCCUCUCGGUGACCGUCUCCUGCGUAGCCCCGCCGCUGCGUCUUCGUCUGAGCCGGAGCUCCCUGUGGUGCCUGAGGCCAACGGCGUGCUGCGAGGGUGUGAGCCGGCGAGCGUCGCAGGCAAAGGGGGAGCAGGAGCUAUCGCUGCCGCCAUCAAUAUUAACGCCUCGACCUCCAAGUUCCUAAUGAAUGUUAUAACAAUUGAAGACUAUAAGAGCACAUAUUGGCCAAAGCUGGACAGUGCCAUAGAUCAACUUUUGACUCAGAGUCCUGGUGACUACAUCCCUAUCUCCUAUGAACAAAUAUACAGUUGUGUGUAUAAGUGUGUAUGCCAGCAGCAUUCGGAACAGAUGUAUAGUGACCUAAUAAAAAAGAUAACUAACCACUUAGAGAGAGUCUCAAAGGAGCUGCAGGCCAGCCCUCCAGAUCUCUAUAUUGAAAGAUUUAACGUAGCUCUUGGACAGUAUAUGGGAGCAUUGCAGAGCAUUGUGCCUCUUUUCAUAUAUAUGAAUAAAUUUUACAUAGAAACCAAGCUUAACAGAGACUUAAAAGAUGACCUUAUAAAGCUGUUUACGGAACACGUUGCAGAAAAGCACAUUUACAACCUAAUGCCUUUACUUUUGGAAGCUCAGUCGACGCCGUUUCAAAUAACUCCUUCAACCAUGGCAAAUAUUGUGAAAGGCCUCUAUACACUACGACCAGAAUGGGUACAGAUGGCACCAGCUUUAUUUUCUAAAUUCAUCCCAAAUAUUCUACCCCCUGCUGUGGAAUCUGAGCUUCAGGAAUAUGCUGCUCAAGACCAGAAGCUGCAAAGAGAGCUUAUGCAGAAUGGAUUUACUAGAGGUGACCAGUCACGCAAGAGAGCUGGAGAAGAGUUGACAUACAAUGGUUCUUCAGCUUGUGCAAGCUCCAGGGGCUACAGAUAGUGAACAUACUGGAUCAGCUUCUAUUUCUAGCCAGAACAGACACUGGAGGAGCGCAAGCAGUAUCUGGAGCCUCCUUUGGCAACUGCUGAUACUCAAACUCUGACACGAACUAUGCCUCCAAGAAGAGUUUUGAACUUUCUUCUUUUCUAUCUUGUCAGUUGCUGCUACAGUUGGGAUAACUUUGAAAGAGACUAUUCCUUGGUCUAGCCUAUCAAGUUAAAUGUUCUGUGAUUUAUUAUUUUUUACAAUUUUUAUUAUUAUUUUUUUUUUCUGUGAGGAAUGCACCUUGAAAAAAAAAAACAAAACAACCAAGAACACAAAACAACAACAACAAAACCAACCCAAUCCUUUCAAAGUGGGAACGGGCAGCCAAAAAUCAGCAGCUUCCAAAAGCAUUAGGAUGGAAGAAAUCUUUUUUUGCACUCUUUUUUUUUUUCCUUAAUAUUAAGGACAUUCUUAAAACUAGUUAACACAGUUGGUGUAUUAGUUUUUAAACUUCAAGGUAUUUUCUGGAGCCUUUACUUUAAAAUAAUAAGAAUAAAGUUUCCUUAUUUUGCAGUA